AUGAUAUUGAACAUUCGAUUAGUCGUAUCCAUCUGUAUUGUGGCAUCUAUGCCACUCUUGGCCAGCUCCUUCUCGCCGGCUGAAUUAUGGGCCAUUCGAGCAGCUUCAGCAUUGACGACGUACUUUGGUUUCAUCACUGUUGCGGAUCGUCCAAGGGGAGGAUUGCUGGUGGACCCAAAAUGCCUCGAAGUAAAGCAAAGCACCGUUCCUGGAGCAGGAUUGGGCUGCUAUGCCGCGACCACCAUGAGAAAAGGCACCCCCAUUGGAACAUACCCUGGAGUUGUGGUUCCGCUUACUCAAAACUUGGACAAGCUACGCGCCUAUCCACAAUGCGAGGGCUACGUAUGGAGAUUCUCCGACAACAAAUUUGUUAUUGAUCCAACGAACAAUGUUGGUGAUAUCGAAGAUAACUGCAAAGGAGGAAAUCCGAGCAUGCCUCUGAGCCAAUUGUUCUUUAGUUCCGUCUUGUCGUUUGUCCAAGUUCCGACCACGCUGUGCCGCAUUAAUGAGCCACCAAAGGGCCGAGAUGUCAAUGUGGUAACGGACGAAGAUCGAGAAUCGAGAACUGUUACAUUUAUACUUGAGCGAGAUGUCUACGAGUCAGAAGAACUAUUUAUCGACUAUGGACUCAGCUACGACCGAUCAAUGUACAAUGGAGGUUCUUCUUCUUGA